AUGGAUUAAAUUAAUAAGCAAUAAAAUUAAAAUGAAUGUUGUGGUGAAAUUUUUUAAAGCUAGUAGAAUGACAAUUAGUAGAAUUUUUAAAAUACUUAACUCACUGAAUAUGAUAAUGUGAGUUCUUAACAGACUCCAAAUAGAAUCUCAUAGAAAUCGCAAUAGCUUCUUAUUGGCUUGAAUAGUUUGUCAAAUUCUGCUUACAAGAACAUUGAACAAGCUUUUAAUAGAAAAAACUCACCUAAAUUUAGCUUGAAGAUAAAACACUUAAGACGUGUAUUAAGAGAUGAAGAUAAUGUUAAAGAUUCUGAGUAAUCAUUUUUAACUGAGCACUAAAGUUAUUAGAUCAACUAAAUAGAAUAAAAACAGAAAAAUGAUUAAUAAAGUUCAGUGCAAUAAUAAUUGAAUCUAUAAAAUAAUAGUGAAAAAUAUGAAAGUGUUACAAACACUCCUAUGAGCAUGUAUUCUGGCUAAGUGGAUUAAGUUUCUGAUAAAUUAACAUUAAAAAAAAUAGGUUUUAGUGAUGAAUUCAAAACUUAUGAAGAUUAUUCAAAAAUGAGAAAUGCAAACUUAAGAUAAAACAAGCAAAAUAAACAUCAUACAGUUGAAAUUCAAAGGAUUCAGCAACUCAAAUAGAAUUUAAAAAAUAAUAAUGAAAAUAAGAAUUCUUUGUAAAAUAAAAAUAAUGAAUAAUCUCCAAAUUCUCUAUUAUCUGAUAGGAAUAUUUUAGAUUCAAAAAAAAUAAAUUAUUUUAGAGAUAGAAUUAUUAAAUAAUCAGGAUAAACAAUUAAAAAGUAUCCUUAAGUGUAGCCUAUAAAUGAAUAAAAUAAUGAAGAAGAAAAAAAAGUUUAAGUUUACCAAAAUUGGAGAAUGAUAAGUCACUUAAAUAUAAUUUUAAAAGUAAAAUAGAAGCUCCUUUCAAUGAUAACUUAAAAGAUAGAAUGUGUUACACCACAAUAGCAUUACUUAAUAGGUGAUCGUUCUGAUAUUUUUAAUUAGAAUGAGACCAAAUAAAAAGAUAAUUUUUUAAACUAAAUAAAUUCAUUUAUUUUAGAUCCUGGUUCUAAUUUUGUAAUUGGCUCCAAGAUAUUAAUUUCUGUCUUAAUAUUGUUCAAUUUGAUUUAUUUUCCAAUAGUAUUUGGGUUUGACUUAGAUGUGUAACUUCAGAUAACUUUGAUCACAAGUUUGAGCGUACUAUUUUGCAUACUUGAAAUUAUUUUAGGUUUCAAAAUAGCUUAUUAUGAAAUGGGAGAGCUUGUUACAGAUCCUUCCCAAAUAAGAAAAAAAUACAUGAGAGAUUAGUUUUUACUAGAUUUGUUGGCAUGCUUAUCUUUGCUAAUAGGAUUUUAGUAUAAAUAUGUGAUAAUCCUUACAUUUGUAAAAGUCAAAAAUUUAACACAAUAUUUGUGGGAUAUAGAUAAUCAUUUCUUUUUGUAUGAAAGAUUCCACACUGCUUGGGUACUUAUUAAGCUGUUUGGAUUUAUUACUAUUAUGGGGCAUUAUUUUGCUUGCAUAUUUCAUUAUGCAGCUAUGAUACAAAAUGAUGAUCCUAAUGUGGUGACAUGGAUAUAAGGGCUGUAAUUGCAGGAUUCUCCUUGGAAUUUAAGAUACAAUUAUUCUGUUUACUUUUCAUUUAUUACCUGCAUUACUAUUGGAUAUGGAGAUAUUACUCCAAAAAAUGUAAUUGAAAGAAAUGUUGUUAUUAUUAUUAGCUUAAUCUCAACUGGGUUUUUUUCUUACUCAAUAAACACUAUAGGAACUAUUUUCUAAUAAUAAUUUCAAAAUCUUCAAGCAAAAAAGGAAAUGAGAUUCGAUGCUAUAAUUUACAUGAGAGAAAGGCAUAUUCAUAAGCACUUGUAGCUGAGAGUUUUGAAAUAUAUCGACUAUAUUAAUGAUAUGAAGUAGAUUUCUCCAGAUAGAGGGCUAGUUGUUAUUAAUUAAAUAUCGAAAGACUUGCAAUCUCUACUAUUUAAAGAUUUCUAUGGUAAAAUCCUCAAAUAAAAUAAACAUUUUAGUUUGAAUUAUAGCAGCUAAACUCUUGAAAAAUUAUCUCUGAAGAUGAAAGAAAAAAUAUAUGGACCUGGAGAAAUUAUUUUUGAAUAAAAAGAAUAAGAUUACAAAAUUUUUUACUUGAUAAAAGGUGAAAUUGAAUACUAUAUUCAUAACAAAUGUGGAAAUAAACAGUCUGAUUAUAUUUCAGUUACAAAAACUGAUAAAAGUAUGUUUUUUGGAUACAAGGGAUUUAUUUCUGGAAUACCUAGAGAAAUGACAUGUAGGUCUGUUAAUGUUACACAUGUUUUUUAUUGCUCAAGAGAUGAUUUAAUUAGUGUAUUAAAAGAAGAUCCUUAAGAUUAUGAAUAAUUUUGCAAGAUUAGGGAUUAGUAUCUUCUUUAUACGAAUUCUUUGGGUGAGUAAUGCUUUACAUGCAAGAAAUAUGGACACUCAUUAUCAUGUUGCCAUAAAACUCAUUUAGUGAGAAAUAAAGAGCUUUUAAUAUAAAAGAGUAAUUAUUCAUAAAAUUAAUGUAGAGCGAGCUUUGAAAGAAAGAAAUAAAAGUAUUAAACUUUCUUAAAUUUAUAAUUGACAGUCUUUUAAGGAAUAAAAAUAAGACUAAAAACUAUAAUGAAACUAAGAAAACGGUAUAUUUCAGAUUAAAUUAUUGAAUAAAUAAUUAUUUAAGAUUUGUCAACUGGAACAACAUAUAAAAAUAAAUAUCCUUCCAUUUAAUUCAGAGACAAAGAACUUAUUCUUCUUGAAUGUGAUGAAAUUAAUGAAGAAUGUAGCAGCUAAUUCCUAUCAGAUGUUUCUGAAGAUAUUUCCAUCAACACAAAUAUAGCAUAUUAAGAUACUAAAAAAUAUUAAGAUAAUUAGAAAAAUACUUCAUAAAGCAAUUAAUAAUUACAAACAACAACUCACUUAAAAUGA